AUGGCAUCGCGGAAGACGCAACAAGAAAUCGACAAGACCUUCAAGAAGGUCGACGAGGGCAUCCAGGCAUUCGAGGCCAUCUACGAGAAGAUCUACUCCUCCCAAAAUGCCGCCCAGAAGGACAAACUGGAAGACAACCUUAAGAAAGAGAUCAAGAAACUGCAGAGAUCGCGAGACCAGAUCAAGACGUGGGCGGCCGGCAAUGAGAUCAAGGACAAGUCUGCCCUGCUGGAACAGCGCAAGCGGAUAGAGAAAUGCAUGGAGAUAUUCAAAGCCGUCGAGAAGGAGAUGAAGACUAAAGCCUUCUCCAAGGAGGGGCUGUCGCAAAACGUCAAGCAAGACCCGAAGGAGAGGGAGCGGGAGGAGCUAUGCGACUUCCUAUCCGAUCAAUUGGACGAAAUCAACAGAAUCCUGACCGAGGAGUUGGAGCCUGAAGCUGGCAAUCUGCAAGCUGCUCUCAAGAAGAAACAGAAGGACAACUCCAAAGCCGAUCGACUGGCCGAAAUCGAAACCAUGACAGACACAUACAAGUGGCACGAAUCAAGGCUGCAACUGCUGCUACGGUCGCUACAGAAUGGCAACGUCGAAAACGAGUUGGUGGCAACCAUCAAAUCCGAUAUCGAAGAGGUGGUUAGGGAAGGCCGUGAGCCGGACUUCGAUCCCGAUGCCUACGAAGGAAUCUACGAUGAUUGCAAUCUCGACAGUGAGGAGGUCCAGUUUGGUCUCAACAACGAAGUUGACCGAAUAUCAUCUCAAGAUGCGCAGUCCAUCCAAGAAGAUGUCGAACCCGAGGCAAAUCCUCUCAAAAAGACAAAGUCCGAACCGCAUACCGCCGUCCGCCGGCCUUCUACUCAACUCAAGUCACCUCUGCCGGCACUGGCAACGCUGAACACUAUGCCACCGCCACCGUCAAUACCCAAAGACACGACAAUGAAGCCUGCACCGAUCCCCAACCGACCGCCCGGAGAGACGCUGAAGUACGCCUCAGCUGCGGCCGCAGCAGCAGCAAGCGACAAGAGUGGAGUAGGCAUCGCUCCCCUUCCUCCACCAGUCGCAGCAUAUUCCGCACCUCCAUCACAUCCGCUGCCUGCCCCUGUCAAGACAUCUGCAACCACUUCGCCAGCCUCGGUGCCAGCGCAACCGGUGGAGAAGACUGCCUCGCCAGCACCUGCCGCGGUGAGCAUGGAUGGUUCAGCAUCACAAGAGCAAUCCAAUCACUCCAAGUCUCCAACUUUAAGCUCCACCAGUGCUCCGGCACCAAGCGUCCCUAGCAGUAUUCCUCCCACACCAGCAAUGGAAAAUUCUGAGGCUGUCCAAGAACCUGUCAUUGCGGACGAGAUACCCACGACGAAUGGUGACGUCCAUGAAGACCCAUCAACCGUGGAAUCCAUCUACCAUCUUCCCCCCGGACUACAAGAUCUGCUGGACUCGUUCGAAACCACAAAGACUCGAGCUGCACAGCCCCCAUCACAGCUGGCCAGGCUACUACAAGCUUCUCAGGAGACUUGUCCGGAGCCUGCCGAUAGCGACAGACCUCAGUACUACCGCCCGACUUUCAAGUACAACACUCCGGCGCAUUAUCCUCAAGACCCGCUACCCAUUUUUGACGAUCCAGCCUUGUACGAGAAUCAACGGCUGGAAACCGACACACUGUUCUACAUAUUCUACUAUCGGCAGAAUACAUAUCAGCAGUGGCUGGCGGCGCGCGCCCUCAAGAAUCAAAGCUGGCGAUUCCACAAGCAGUACCAAACCUGGUUUCAACGGCACGAAGAACCCAAGCAGAUCACGGAAGAGUUCGAGCAAGGGACGUAUCGCUUCUUCGACUAUGAGAGCACGUGGAUGAAUCGACGGAAAGCCGACUUCAAGUUCGUGUACAAGUUUCUUGAAGAUGAUUUGUAG